AUGACGGGGUCGCCGCCGCUGUUCACCGACGCGCCUUUCCUUUCGCACUACGACGUCUCAAAGAAUACCCUCGACGGCACCGUUCCGGACAUGUGCGGCGCCCCGGGCAUCACUCGCCUCUACCUGAACAGCAAUAAGCUCACGGGCGCACUACCCGACAUGUCCUGCAUCAGCACGCUAUACGAGUUGGACGCCAGCGUCAACAAGCUGACGUCGCUGACAGGUGACUGGCUCGGGAGCAUCUACCCGUUGCAGAAAGUGAACGUAGCCGAUAACCAGCUCACCGGUGAGCCCCCGGCCGUGCUCUGCGGGCAGCUCAUGAAGACCCUGAACCUCGGGAACAACAUGCUGCGCGGAUCCAUACCUGAGAGCGUCGGAAACUGCGUGAGGCUCGAGGUUUUGGACCUCAGCUUCAACCCAAACGCGUUGGGCGACGGACUCUUUGACGACGCGCCAGCCGGGACGAUGCCCACCGCCGCUGCCAUGUCCAAGCUGACCAAGCUCACCUCGCUCGCCCUCUCCGGGCUCGGUCUGCAGGGCGAGCUGCCGGCGUCCAUCUUUGCGCUGCAAAACCUGAGGGAGCUCGACCUCUCGCACAACGCCCUCACGGGUGUCGUCGCGGAAGUUCCCCCCGGGUCGCUCGUCGAGCUGCGAAAGAUAAACCUCGCCGGUAACAAAAUCGCGGGGUCGGUGCCGCUGUCGUUGCUCACCCUGCCGCAGCUCACGGACGUGGACGUCAGCGACAACGCGCUCACGAGCGUCGAGGAGCCGAACGUCCUCGCGGACGUGGACCUCGCGACGAUCGUCUCGAUUAACCUGGCUGAUAACAACCUCGUCGCCUUCCCGACGGUGCUUCGCCGAGCGUCCGGGUUGAAAAUUUUGGACCUCACGCGAAACUCAAUCGCGGGCGAGGUUCCCCAGUGGCUGUGCCACAGCUCCGCGCUACAAAUGCUGCUGCUCGGGAGCAACGCCCUGCGCGGGGGCGUGCACGAGUGGCUCACGUCAACGGCGGCCAAGCUGGACCUCUCCGGGAACUCGCUGGAAGGCGCGAUUCCACCGAGCGUCUCGUCGCACCCGGUGCUGACGCACCUAUACCUGAGCGACAACGCGUUCGACGGGACGUUUCCG